AUGUCGAAAAGUUAUGGUGUCACGGGUCCUAUAUCUACAGACGAUCCCACGACAAAAGAAAUUGGCCUCAAUGAGUCAUUAAUACACGAAUUGAAAAGUAGGGGAUCUUUCGAGAAUGAGAAUGCGACAAAGAAACGAGCUGAGGUCUUAUCUUUGUUUCAGACCCUUGUACAAGAGUUUGUGUACAAAGUGUCUAAAUCUAAAAAUAUGUCCGAUGGAAUGUCAAAGGAUGCCGGUGGAAAGAUAUUUACAUUUGGAUCUUACAGAUUGGGAGUUUAUGGGCCCUCAUCUGAUAUAGACGCGCUAGUUGUUGUACCACGACAUGUAACCAGAGAAGACUUUUUCACCACUUUCGACCAAAUAAUUCGACAAAGGCCCGAGCUUCAAGAAAUCAAUGGAGUGGCAGAUGCAUAUGUUCCCAUAAUUAAGCUAGAAUUUGACGGUAUAUCAUUGGAUUUAAUUAUGGCUCGUUUGAAUGUCACUCGCGUUCCCCUAGACAUGACUUUAGACGAUAAAAACUUGUUGAAAAAUUUGGACGAGAAAGAUUUAAGAUCUUUGAAUGGUACUAGAGUUACUGAUGAAAUUUUGCAACUAGUUCCGAAGCCUGGUGUUUUCAAACAUGCGUUAAGAUGUAUAAAACUUUGGGCUCAACAAAGAGCUGUGUACGGAAAUGUAUUUGGAUUUCCUGGUGGAGUUGCUUGGGCCAUGUUGACAGCUCGAAUCUGCCAACUUUAUCCAAAUGCAGUCAGCGCUGUUAUAGUGGAAAAGUUUUUUAAUAUUUACACCAAGUGGAAUUGGCCGCAGCCUGUUCUUCUAAAAGCGAUCGAAGAUGGGCCUCUCCAAGUAAGAGUUUGGAACCCUCGUUUGUACCCUCAUGAUAGACUACACAGAAUGCCUGUAAUCACUCCAGCCUAUCCGUCUAUGUGUGCGACACAUAAUAUUACAAGCUCGACUCAAAAGGUAAUUACCCAUGAGCUUAUGCGUGGCUCCGAAGUUAUGAAAAACAUUUUAGAAGGACAAAAAACUUGGUUUGACCUAUUUGAGAGGCAUGACUUUUUCCAUAAGUAUAGGUUUUACCUUUGUGUAGUAGCCGCCACCUCGGACUCAGCCGAAGAACAUCAUAAAUGGCAUGGUUUUGUCGAAAGCAAGCUUAGACAGUUGGUUAUGAAACUUGAAGCCACAGAUGGUGUUGAACUUGCUCACCCUUAUGUUAAAGAUUUUUCCAAUGUGUACGUAUUAAAUGAUCAUAAUUCCAGUGAUAUUGUCAGUGCGUAUGGCACUUUGCUGGGUGAGAAUUUGAUUAAUUCGUUGAAGGAUCCUAUGAGCAAUGGUGAAGAAAAUAAAGCCAUUCGGUUGACUAAGUACUAUAUCGGUUUGGAGUUGAACUUAGACAAAAGUACCGAGGGGGUGAGAAAAUUAGACAUUCAACAACCAUGUUCUGACUUUUACAGUAUCUGCAAAAGUUUUGCUUCUUAUAAAGAGGAGGUCAAUUUCAUUCACAUCAAAAACGUCAAACUUUUCGACCUCCCUAAUGAUGUGUAUCUUGAAAACGAAACAAGGCCAAAGAAAGCAAGUAAGAAACGAAAAAAGGACGUUGCAGAAGAUACCCAGAAACGUGCGAAAAACGAAAUUACUGCUGCAUAG